AUGAAGCCCCUAAUCACGAUCACGCUCCUCCUCGCCCUCCUCCUCACGCACCUCAUCACCUGCGCCAUGAUCCACGGUCCACCCGUCUUCCACGACCGCAACGGCACGAUCCAAGCCAUGCGCAAUUUCUCCACCAUAACACUGCACCAACGAAUAACAGUUACCACCCGCUCAACAAUGACACGAUAUCAGCACUUGAUGCCACACCCAGAUUGUGUCGAAGCCUGCUCGAAGUGGCACGUUGGAUCAGGUGAGUUGAGUGAAGUUGCGACGGAGGAGGUUUCGGAGUCGGCGGUGUCAGAGGCGGCCGCGGGGAGUAGUGAGGUUACGGAGCAGCAGGCGGAUAGUGGCAACGAGAGUGCGCACGAGAUCGCGCCGAAGCCAAAUGGGUGGGGCUUGUAUGCCAAGAUCUCAGCCUUCUUCGCAGAUCUGGCCUAUGGCACCUACGGCACAGGUGCAUCUAGAAGCAAGCGUGAUAAGGAGCUGUGA